GAGGAAAAGAGAGAGAAAGAGAGAGGAAAGGGAGGAGAGCGAAAGGAUUUACUGUUACGAGAUAAAAAAUGUGUUAUAUCCAGUGCGUUUCCAGGAGGAGACGGAUAAAGCGAUUUAUUUCUUUGCUCAAACGCGAAUCCCCGGUGCUGCCCUCCGUAAUGGCACUGGGCUUAUAAAGCUUAGCCCGCCUGCGCCUUUUCUUCUGGGAAAAAAAACUUGUGUCCAAAGGAAGGAGGCGGAAGAGGCCAAGCAGCGACUCCUGUCGGGGAAAGGGGGCGAAGGGUGGAGAGCUGGAGUAGUUUAGUCAUCCUUUAUGUGCGCCCCUCUCAGCUGCUGCACUCAUGGACUCACCCUAGUCAUAAUAACAACGCUGUAGGUACUCUCACUGGGACUGGGAAUCCCGGACACGCAACUUUCCGACACAGGAACAACACAAAGUUGCGCAGUUCCCCCCUUUCCCUGCGGGACACAACGCGCCGGUGGGGCCGCAGGAGCAGCUGGAUACUGGAGCCCCAAACUACUAACCCGGAGAGCAGGAGGGGAGCGCCGAGGAGCAGGAUGAUGAGCAGUGGCAGCGGCGGAGGGGUGGGGGCUGGAGGCGGCGGGGAGGUGGUAUGCUCGGGAUGGCUCCGCAAAUCCCCCCCGGAGAAAAAGUUGAAACGUUUCGCAUGGAAGAGGAGAUGGUUUGUCCUUCGCAGUGGACGUCUAACAGGAGACCCAGAUGUGCUGGAGUAUUACAAAAAUGAUCAUGCAAAGAAGCCAAUCCGCAUUAUUGACUUAAAUUUGUGUGAACAAGUUGAUGCUGGGUUGGUGUUCAACAAAAAGGAAUUUGAAAAUAGUUAUAUUUUUGACAUCAAGACCAUUGACAGAGUAUUUUAUUUAGUGGCAGAAAGUGAGGAAGAAAUGAAUAAGUGGGUUCGAAACAUCUGUGAUAUCUGUGGAUUUAAUCCCACCGAUGAAGAUGUUGUAAAACCUGCUGUUAAUUCAGAACCUUCCAACCAAGCAGCAUUGGUCCAAGGCCCUCUACCUCCCCCUUACCAGCUUAUAAAUAUGCCACUUGUGGAAUCCUCAAAUAGCCAAGAAGAUCCCCAGGACUAUCUUUUACUAAUAAACUGCCAAAGCAAGAAACCUGAACCAUUGAGAACUCAAGGGGAUUCCACAAGGACAGCCACAGCCGAAACAGACUGCAAUGACAAUGUUGCUACUCACAAAGGUUCCUCGGCCCAAAAGCAUGCAGUGAAUGGAUACUUUCAGCAAUCUAGUAUUUAUGACUCUCCAUCCCGUGGUGGAUCAUCUUCUACAGAACCUAGUUUCUACAGUCUUCCUAGAAGCUACUCACAAGAUGUUUCACCAAAAGCUACUUCUCCAUCAGCCGCUGAUAUGGAUGGAGAUUCAAAUGUUUUUAACAUGUCUGGAGCCUCUUCUCUAGAAACACAGCUAAGGCAGUUUUCAUUAAGCUAUGACAUUCCUCCAUCAUCUGGAAGCACUUAUCAAAUUCCCAGAACUGUUCAUGAGGGUGCUUUGGGUCAGUCUUCAGCAAAGUUAGAGUCCAUUACAGAUGUUCCUCCUCCCAGACCGCCAAAGCCUCACCAGUCUUCAGAACGAUCUCCAAGUGAAUAUGGUCUUACACGGACUGUUUCAGAGACUGAUAGCAACUACUGUGUUCCAACAUCCGGAAUGCCUGCAUCCCGUAGUAAUACUGUUUCAACUCUAGAGUUAAGUAAAUAUAAGAAAGAUACAAGUUCUCAAGAUUUCUAUGACAUUCCACGACCAUUUACAAGUGACAGAUCUAGCUCACUUGAGGGCUUUCAUGGCCAUUUUAAAAAUAAAAGCUUGUUGGGAUUGGGAAGUUUUUCUAAUGAAGAGUUAGAUGAAAACUAUGUUCCAAUGAACCCGAACUCUCCUCCGCGACAGCAUUCCAACAGCUGUACUGAACCAGUUCAAGAAACCAACUAUGUUCCUAUGACUCCUGGCAUGUUUGACUUCUCAUCAUUUGGAAUGCAGGUCCCACCUCCAGCCCACAUGGGCUUCAGGUCCAGUCCAAAGACCCCUCCCAGGAGGUCUGUUCCAUCUGCUGACUGUGAACCCCCACCAGUCGAUCGUAAUCUCAAACCAGAUAGGAAAGGUCAGAGCCCUAAAAUUUUAAGACCUAAACCUCAUGGUUUAGAGCGAACUGAUUCCCAAACCAUAGGUGAAUUUUCCACAAGAAGAAAGGUAAGGCCAGCGCCAUUGGAAAUCAAGCCUUUACCUGAAUGGGAAGAAUUAAUGCAGACGCCAGUCCGUUCUCCAGUUACAAGAAGCUUUACACGGGAUUCCUCUAGGUUCCCUAUGCCUCCCAGGCCAGAUUCAGUACAUAGCACAGCUUCCAGCAGUGACUCGCAGGAUAGUGAAGAAAACUAUGUAGCCAUGAACCCAAGUCUCUCCACAGAAGAUCCAGGUUUGUUUGGGAGCAGCAGCCUUGAUGAAGGCCACAGUCCUAUGAUAAAGCCUAAAGGAGACAAGCAAGUGGAAUAUUUAGACUUGGAUUUAGACUCUGGAAAAUCAACACCACCAAGAAAGAAGAAAAGUGUUGGUUCUGGAAGCAGUGCUGCUGAUGAAAAGGUUGACUACGUUGUCGUAGACAAACAGAAAACUCUAGCGCUGAAAAGUACCAGAGAAGCAUGGACUGAUGGGAGACAGUCGACCGAAACGGAAACGCCAACUAAGAAUAUAAAAUAAACGCCCUUAGGAUUUGAACACUUCUUUUAUUAUCACAAGGGUGCAGUUUGGAGCAACACAUUCUAAUGCCUUCUAUGAUUGAUUCUGCAGAGAUGGAACCUAUAUUUGAUCUUUGUGGUGGAUCAGCGAGGCAGAGACUGAAUUGUGCACUGUGCUAUCUGUAGAUUUAAGCCUGUGUAAAUAAAUAAUGUUUUAUGUAAAAAGAUUACCAUCUAACAAGAACCAUUUGUUUAACACAUCUAGCCAUGUUUUGUAGUAGUAUUAUUAUUAUGUUUAUGCACUUUUUGUGGUUGAGACAAUGGUUCUGCCAUUUAAUACCGUAAGCCUUUUUUGUUAUUAACAUAGCUUAUUUUUAGUGGGAUUUUAUCAUCCACAUUUUUAAUACACUAAGGAUUAUCCCUGUAAGGAAUAGAGAGUCCGUGAGAGUAUUACAGUGUACAAGAACUCCAGACUUUCUGUCACUUGCACCAGUCAAAUGGCUUCUAACAAUACACCGAUAGCAGCUGAUGUACCUACUUAACAUCCGUUAUGGUUAACUUACAUUUAUAUACUGUUGUGAUAAAUGCAUUGAUAUUCCCGGGGCUUCAGGAAUGGCCAGCCCUUGUUUUAAAGGAAAAAAACCCCUGCAAAUUAGGGGGAAAAUACCCCCCCCUCUUUGACAUAAGCUCAUUCCAAAUUAAAAAAAAAAAUGUUUGUCUGUGUGUAUGUACGCACACACAGGGACUUUGCAAAAAAAAAAAAAAAAAAUAGCACGUUUAUUAAGAAAAAAGGUCCAACAUUUUAAGCACCAACUGUGCUCUUCCUCAGUUUUUGUCCCUGAGGAAGAGCAAAGUUGGUGCUCGAAACAUUGGACCUUUUUACACACACACACACACACACAUAUACUUAUAUAUGUAUGUAUAUAUACAUUUAUUAACAGAAUGUUUUUUGGGUUAGUCAUGUAUGGACACACUCGGGACCUUUCUGAAGACGUGCAAUUGUUUUGAAAGAAAGGUCUCCUAGUGGAACCAAAAUGUUAACAACCUUUGAUUUUUGUCAAACUUAUUUGAAUUCCCUGAGUGCAUCUCUGCAUGACUGUAUGGACACACACACACUACCAUGUACUUCACUCUAACUAAGCUGCAUGAAUCCUAAGUAUUCCAAGUAUUCUGGAUAAAACAUCUUACACCCAUGUGUAUAAUAGUGAAUAAUAUACCCCUUAUUGUAAAAUGUAAGGAUAUUAUGUUACCAAGAAGUUCCAUGAUCAUUUAAAGGAACAAGGCCAAAUGCUUUUAUACAGGUCAUGGAAUGCCGAGGUGACUUGUAAUAUCCUCAUAUUUUACAACAGUACGUAUAUAUAUAUUUUUUAAUAAGACACACGUUUGUGAGUCAUGUGACCCAAAUUACAUCACAACAUUGAGUAUGACUGAUGACCUCACUAAGCAGCAUUUAUGAGGAUACAAUUUACAUGGUAAUCAUGGCUGCAUUACAUUAUACACACAUACAUGUAUUAUCCAAAUAAAUGAGCCUAUGUCAAGAUGAGAUUUUUAAUUGGGAUUCAGGCCAAAAUAUGUAUUAUGUAUGCAUUUAUUUGUCCACCAUCCUAAAGAUAAUCAAUGUAGUGGGCUGUGGCUGCUGCACCUUAACCUGAGGUUUAUUAAAGUAUGUCAUUCUUUGUUAACUUCGGAGAUCGCUCAACAGUAAUGCAUAUUUAUCAUUUUAUGUCUGAAACUUCCAAUAAAGCCGAAAGCUGUGAUAUGGAAAUCAAAUGUAAUGACACAGAUGUUGCCUUGAGCAAGGUUAGUCCUGCAAUAAGUGCAUUUACUUUGCUGAUGUUGUACUCAUUGAAUUUGUGGCGAUUCUGCAGGAUAGAAUCUUCCACUGAAUGAAAAAGACUGAAUGGGUUUAAUGGAAGUCCAAGUGCUGGGCCCAUCUGGUGAUCACAUUCCCAGAAUCAGUCUUUUCAUACGACUUACUACAUAUGGUAGAUGAAUAAUAAUCAGGUACGUACAAAGCACUACUGUGCUAAUACACUGAUCAGGUUUUUGCAGUGAAAUAUAUAAGCAUGUUAAUGUGGAUGAUCUAAUACUGUAAUGUUUCAUUAAGACAGCUGCCAUUAACUUUUCUAGUACUAGUAAAUACUGUGAUUUCAAAUUUUUUUUUUUUUUUAAUUUUUAAGUAGCCAAGUAAAGACUAUUUGACACCACUGUGCCCUUUUUAUAUUGACCUGUUUUACUUUUAACACCUGCUUAGCCUUAUAUUUAAAUUUCCUAUGCAAAGUUACAUGAACUGUUUAUUGAUGUAGUGUAAAUGGUGAUGUUGGAAACAAGAUCCCCCGCCCCCAAAGAGCUUCCUAUAUUUUACUAUGCUCACCGCCCCUCCCCUAUAAUUCAUGUCAAUGAGCAGCAUUUAUUCAGUAGCCUUGCAAACAGUUGUUACAUUUCUUGUAGCUUGCCCUGACCUGCACAUAUAAGUAACACCAAGGGGUAUAUUUAUGUGGAGACAAACAUCACCGGUGAUACUUCCCAUAGCAACCAGAAUAGGCUGUCUUUAGUAGUGGCAUGGUCUGGGGCAAAACAGCUGUUGCAGGGGCAUCAUUAUUUAGACAACAUAUGAGUGUCCAAUUUACGGCCCUUUAACUGUUAAGAAAGUACAACUAAUCCACAUGUAUUUCUGCUUUUGGCUAGAAAUUGUACUUCAAGGUUGGGCAACAUCGAUAGAAAGUAUUGUUGUCAUUUUGCCCUACCAUAUACCUUUUAUGCCUUACCCAUCCAUUCUGUAACUCCAUGGGGGCUCUGGGCCUUCUUUGGACCCUCUAAAGACCGCUCUGGUUGCAGAGAAAGCAUUUCUAACUGUUAAAGUGCAUAGUACUACUGUUUUAAGGUAAGAGGUAUAUAUGUCUGCCUUAUGCUUUCCCAUUUCUCAAUAUUCAGAACUUUAUUGGUAAGCCAAGUGCAGUUUUUAUUUAGGACAUUAAACAUAAUAUUGAUUGGAAUAUUAAAAUGUUUAAAUUCAUUGUUAGACUGGGAAAAAAACCAUUGGGUUGGGCCAAAGAAAGCCUUUUUAUUUGCUUCUACAGCUUUACUUUACAUUGCUCUUCUCCCCCUUCUGGUCCGAGGUGAUUGUACACAUAUACCUUGAAUGUUCAACCUUCAGCCCUGUGGCUGCCAAACUACAACCCAAAUGUCUCCAGACAGAGCUGGGUGUUGUAUUAAAACUAGAGUUAGGGGGCUGGAUGUUGGGCAUCCCUGGUAUAUUGCUUAUUUUCCCACCCCACCAUAAAACUGGGCAAAAUGGUGCUUCUGUAUGCAAAAUAAUGAUGUCUUGGUACUUGAAUCCUCAUGGCAAAGUGAGUGUAUUAACCUUUUCUUCCCCUUGUAAUGCAAAAUAUUAAUAUUACUCUGUGUCAACAUAUUCACUUGGAUUAUUGUUUGCUGUUGGUAUAUUAAGUUGGGUACUCAAUGUUGGCACUGGAGUCAGAGUGCAGGAGAUCCUGUAUGUCUAUUCUAACCAACUUACACAGAUUUUUUUUUCCCCCUCAUUUCCCAAAUAAAUAUGUUUUUUAAUUUUA